CAUCGUGUGGUAUCAGCUACAUGGCGGAAAGAUCGAUUGAGAUAAAUCAAGUUGCAUCAUUUGAAGACGUUGACAACGUGCAGCUUGUGCGCACCGCCGACGGAAGUACUUCGGUGAUAAUUCUGAAAGUUGACCGCCCUAAUGACCCUGUUAUCAUUGAGACACCAGACCUACAUUCUGCUUACACUAUUGCCACCCUUAUUGACGGAUACUGUAUCUUGUAUGGACGCACUGAACGCUCUAUUUAUUCCCAGGCCUCUUUGGCAGAAACACCGGCAGAGCGGGACCUGCCUGAAAGUGAGAAGCCACCUCUUCAGUGCUAUCUCCCUGCUGGCCAGACCCUUGAUUCCAGUCGUGCUCAGCACCCGCGUGGAAAGAGGAAAGGUCUGGCUCCAAACUUUGCAGAUCCCUCCGACUAUGCUGAAGUGCGGGAUGAUGAGUUUAUCUUUCCAACUCGGAACUACCUCCUUGACCGUGCUCAUGUCGAGCUGGGUGAGAUCAUUGGCGAAGGACAGUUUGGAGAUGUGCACCGUGGCUACCUGGUCCAGGCUGAAGAAGAGGUUGCCAUCAAGGUUUGCAAAACCGAUACUCCUCUGGAGGAGAGGAAAAAGUUCCUAGAAGAAGCAGAAAUCAUGCGUCAGUUUGAGCACCCGCACAUCAUUCGCCUUGUGGGUGUAGUGCAAGAUGAGCCCACGCUCAUUGUGAUGGAGUAUGCUCCACUUGGAGAGCUGAGACGCUACCUGCAUGCCAACCGACUGUCAAUCAGUUUGCUAACGCUACUGGGAUACUGCACACAGCUGAGCUCAGCCAUGUCGUAUCUGGAGUCGAAAAAGUUCGUUCACAGGGAUAUUGCUGCUCGCAAUGUUUUGGUGUCAAAAUCUGACUGUGUCAAGCUGGCCGACUUUGGUCUGUCACGAUGGGUGGAUGACAACAACUAUUACAAAGCCAGCAAGGGCAAACUGCCCAUCAAGUGGAUGGCUCCUGAAUCAAUCAACUUCCGCCGGUUCACAGGUGCCAGUGACGUCUGGAUGUUUGCUGUGUGCAUGUGGGAGAUAUUGAUGCGUGGCGUCAAGCCCUUCACUGGCAUCAAGAACAACGAGGUCGUGGGCAGGAUAGAGGCUGGUGAGCGGCUGCCCCUGCCCAACGGCUGCCCGCCGAUGCUGUACAAGCUCAUGACAGAGUGCUGGGCGUACGAACCCAACGAGCGGCCAACCUUCCAGGAGCUGAGGACAAGAAUGAAUGAUCUUCUCGACGAGACCAAGCGCCAGGAAGACUUGAUCGCAAGGCGCAAUAUUCGCAGAGCAGGUGAUUCAAGUCCAAGCUUGGACAAGAAGACCACCGCUAAGAUCAUGGCCGGUAACGGAAUGGACACCCUUCCAUCGUCCCUUGAGCGCCAACACAAUGAUAGCGUGAGCCGCACCCCUGUGCCCAUGGUGAGCUCACAGCCUGCAGUGAUAGCCGACACACCAGAUGAGCACUUAGCAGUUGUCAAGCAUCACGGCAGUCACACUAGCUUAGAACAUGUGCAUUCGCCACGACCAGCCUCUCCUUCUCCGCUCAGUCAGAAUCAGUUCUCAUCGUCACUACCACGUCGCAGCUCGGCCAGCGUUUCCAGCAGUGGCAGCGGCAGUGUGACUGCGGGUACUACAGCCGCAGAUCGGCCACUUAGCAUGUUUGCCGCUGCCGCCGAGGCCGCGGCACACGUACCGCGCAAUGCUGCGCCUGUUUCGCGCGACUCGAUCAGCCGGCCCGCGGCCGUGUUUCCCGAGACUGGAAUACAUUCACUGGGUCGCAGGGGCAGCACACCACCACUGCUGCAGCAUAGCUCUAAGCCCUCGUCUAGGGAAGAUGUACGAGCGAAUCUACCCACUACCGCCUCUGCUGGCCAGGAUUCCACCGUUAGUGUAUUGACGUCGCCAAACAACCUUGACAAACUGCUUGGCACACGACAUACAACUCCCAGUCCGCCACUUCCCAAGGACAUUGACACGCGGCCGCAAGCCAGUCUCCCACCACCACCAGCAGCAGCACCAGCAGCAGGGUCCACAUCCAUCGAUACUCGGCCACAGGCUAGUUUGCCGCGACCAGGGUCCUCGAUCGACUGCCGUCCUCCGGCUCAGCUGCCCGGCAGUGGUGAUUCUGGAACAUCACUGCUGGACGAGCGUGUCAGUAUCGCACUGCGCUCGCGACAUACCGAUUCACCCGGCUCGGGGGGUGGGGGUAUGCCGGAGAAAGGUGAACGACGCUCCUCAUCAUCCAUCUCAAGUAGCACGUCGGCCAACCGAGCAAGGGGCAGCAGCGGCACCAGCAUCGGUCUCCUGACGUCAACGUACGACUCUGCGGAUGGCUAUGGCACGACGACGACAUCCUCGGGUGCAGUGCACGAUGAAGACACAGCACUGCCUGCACCGCCUGCACCCGAUGACCUGGACUCAAACCCAUACGCCUACGCCACUCAUUCCGGAGCCUCCAUGAAUAGACCACGUCCUGUGUCAAUCAACAGUGCUGCUUCAGAUCAGUCAGUGAGUACUAGCAGAAGACAAUCAGCGGCAGCUCUGUCCGAUGGUCAACCCGCACAGGCACCAGCAGUAGCAGCCGUACCUGUACCAACGCCUGCUGCACCGAAAACGGCCGCAUCAGAGCCAGACUCUGCUGCAGCGGGGACACGUGGAGCAACGCCACCGUCAGCGCCAGCAACCGCCACUAAAGCAGCGCCCUCGUUUGAGGCUCGAAACUCGCCCACUCCAGUAGGUGGCAUGUCGCGGUCCAGUCAAGUCGAAGUUCUUCCUGAACCCGAGGGUCUGGACCUGUUCUCUGAUGAAGAGGCUGCACCGGCUGUCACCAAACCACAAGCGGCUGUGUCUGCAAAGGACGCAGCGCAAACCAGGCUGGAGGAGACAGCAUUGCAGUUGAAGGAGCAUCGAGAUGCAUUUGAAAGUCGUAAGCGCGAUACGAUGAGCAAGGUGCAGGAGAAGCAGGCAGCGGCGGAUGACGAGUGGCUCAGGACUCAGUUUGGCCUGGGUGAGGAAAGACCUGGUGCGAACAACGCUAAAAGUGAAGAAGCGACGAAUGGCCAUCCAUCAGAGGCUGCAGAGGUGGAGGCUACCCGGCAACAAACCAAUGGGGCUGACAGCGAGCAGAAGAAGGAGGCGGAUGCACCGGACGUGCUGGUUCUCAACUCGACCAUGAGUGUGGUGGAGGCAGUGGUCACCUUCAAUGGCAAAGUGCAGAUGGCCAAGUAUGCCACAUUCGUGGAGUCUGUUGUGGACAUUGGUAAGAAGCUACGAGGGCUCGUUGCCAUUAUAGACGACCGCGCUAAAUCUCUUGCCCCAGAACGACAGAAUCAAGUACAGAUGUGCCACAAGACGUUGACGUCCGAUAUGUCCAAGCUGGUGGAGGCCAUGCAGCUGGCCAUGAAGUACCAGGACACAUCCGUCGAGCAUGAGUUCCGGCGCAGCAUGAUGCAGGCCGCCCACAUGCUGGCGCUGAACACGCGCCACAUGCUCGGCACAUUCACCGAGGCGCAGAAAACCAAAACCUAGCCAAGGAACCAGCAGCAUUGCAGCAGCAGAGACAUCCAGAGUGCCCUAUCAACAAAAGCCCGACCUAACUCUUCAACAAGCAUUGAAUCAUUUUUUUUAUUUUUUUCGCUUUAUAUGUUUCUUGGAUAACAAGGUAUCAAGAAGCAGUUGUCGUCAUCAUCAAUCAGUAUCAUGCGUAUGAACGAUAAGAAGCAGAAGAGCAUAUUGACAAGAACGAAGACAUCGAUGACAAGAUUGGUAGAGGAAAAAACAGGGACAGGAAGAACAAAAUAAAUGAGAAGAAUCCUAUCAUCAACUAUGCUACGCUAACAGGCAACGUAUGCAACGAAGAGCUCACAUUUGCCGUUUGGAUAUAUUAUAAUGUACAUAGUGCUGAAAUGUCAAAAAGUCUUCGAUACA